AUGCCGUCUGAGGAGGAGAAGGUCUUGUGUCGCGUCGUCGAUGCGCCAACCACCUCUCCCAGCAAGCAAAAGCAGGAGAUCCCGACCAAAGGGCAGCUCCUCUUUCUGAAGUUUUUCGAUGCCUUGUUCUGGCACAAGGUUGUCGAUAUCACCAAACGUCGAUUCAAAGUCACGAUUCAGGCCGACUCGGCUUUCAGUGACGAGUUCGGUGCUUACCACUUCCUCUACGAAUGUGGGCGUACUGAAUUCUCCAACAUCGCUCCAGAAUUCUAUGGAUGA